AUGGAGAGCAGUAGCGGAGCCACCGACUGCAACUGGAGUGAGGCCGUUGAGGACCUUGUACAUGGUGGAGAAAUUGACAAAGCUAUCUCUUUUCUUGAAUCUACACUCUCCAGUCUUGAAAAAGAGAAACUAAAUAAUGAUGAAAAAAAUUCAUCCUCUCUCAAAGAUGAUCAGUUGUCCACCGUCUUUCUAGAGUUGUCCAAGCUCUAUUCUACCAAAGGCCUCUCUCUCAAAGCCGACCAAGCCCUCUCUCGUGCGCUCCAAAUCAAACAUAAAAAAGGGGAUUUACACAUUGUGAAGGAAUCAACCCAUCAACCGUAUUCAGAAGCUCACAGUUUGCAAAAUGAGGCUUCAACUACUGAUGGAAUUGCAGAAGGUCAUUGCGAGGAUUCUUUAGAGUUGAAAAAUGAUGGCUUGCCACAAGAGAGCUCGGGUGAUGAUGACUGGGAAGCUAUUGCAGAUCGAGCUCCUGAUGAAUUACUCUCCCCAAAAUGUUUGCCAGAGGUAUCGAACCUCACUCUGGAAGAAUCAACUGUGCAUAGCACCAAGCAACGUGGAAGGGGAACGUUUUCAUACAAGAAACAUGGCUUGUACAGUGAUUACGAGUCUGAUCUACCUGUUAUUGAUGACUCAGAAGACAAUUCCCAAGGCACGGAAGACAAUGCCCAAGGCACCGCUGAUAACAUGGAAAUAAGAAAUUUGGAAUAUGGUACACGCCAUGUUAUUGUUCUGGCGGACUUUCCUCCAAGCACUAGGACAACUGACCUAGAGAAGGUAUUGGAGAAAUUCAAAGAUCGUGUCGUGAUUCGAUGGGUGAAUGAUGCUGUGGCAUUGGCAGUGUUUAAAACACCAUCACUUGCUCUUGAGGCUAGUACCUCCAUUUGUUUUCCAUAUACAGUACGUGUACUUGCUGAAGACGAUGAACUUUUGAGCUUAAUUCCGCCAAAAGAUCUGGAGCCUCCUCGUCAAAGGCCUCGAACAUCAGCAAGAACUGCCCAGAGAAUGAUUGCACAAGGAAUGGGAAUAAGGUUGCCUUCAACAUUUGGCUCGGCAGAAUAUAGAAAACAGGAAGAUGCUAGGAAGAAUCGGAUAGUUUCAAGACAGAACUUGAGGGAUGAUGCUUGGGGUGAUGAUGGAAACUAG